AUGACAUUUCUCACGGACAUUUUCCACCUUGAACCUGCCCCGGGCCACGAGCACACGCACACCGUCAUCCUCCUCCAUGGCAGAGGCAGUGACGGCAAAGAAUUUGGAGAUGGGUUCUUUGAACGCGAAGUCUCGGAACACCUGGCACGAAUCCUGGACAAUGGCCCUGAACAGCCCAACAACCCCCUGGACGACACACCAGCGCCACCACCCCCUCGAACCCUCCAAGCCCUGUACCCAACCUUCAAAUGGGUCUUCCCCAGCGCACCGUCGAUCCCAUCCAAACGUUACAAAACGGACAUGACCCAAUGGUUUGAUAUGUGGUCUACAGAGAACCCAAACGAGCAAGAAGAAUUGCAAGAACCGAGCCUGUCUGAAAGCAUCGACUUCAUCAACCGCCUCAUCGACCGGGAAUCCCACGUGGUGUCACCCGACAAGAUCUUCCUGGGCGGCAUCAGCCAGGGAUUCGCGACAGCUGUCGCGGCCUAUUUGACACGCUGUAAAGCCUUGGGCGGCCUUAUUGGCUACGCUAGCUGGGCCUACCCAGGCCUUUCGCCCUACCAAGCCCCAACCGGUCCUGUCGCCAGCGAUGAUGGCAAGUGGAAGAUAAAGUGUGGUGAUGUGAACUACCAGAUGGCACGCACGCCAAUUUUCCUUUCCCACGCUCGCGACGACCCGACGGUUCCUGUGAAGAACGGAAGAGCCCUAUGCAAGGCCCUACACAACAUUGGCUUGAAAGAAGUCCAAUGGCACGAACACGAAUAUGGUGGCCACUGGAUCACCGAGCCUGAUAGCAUAGAUCAGCUCGUCUACUUUAUUCAUCGCAAUAUCGGCCUCCUGGAAGAUGACUCAAGUUGA